AUGUCCCCCCCAACUCCGCCAACUCCUCCAACCUUCCAACACCUCCUCGCCCGCCUCGCCCUCGCAAAGCGCCUCUUUCUCAAACCGAAAUCCAAACGGCGCCGCACACAUCAAACCACCACCACAAAGAAGAAACCCACAACUACCCCUCCCGCACGCGAAUACUCCCUCCGCAAACGCCCUCCACCAGUCACCACCCCAACUACCCUCCUCACCUCCUGGCGCGACGAAGAGGACAGCACCGACGACGACGACUACGAUCCGCGAAUCGAGCGAGCGUACCUAAAACGCAAGAAGCCAGUGAAGCGAGCAAAAACAUCCUCAUCGGAGAACGGGAACUUGAGUCUGAUCGUGAAGAUCAAGAUCAACAUGGAGAGUGAAGCCGGGAAGGCUUUCCUGAAUACGUUGGGGAUGUAUCAGGAUGAUAAUGAUGAUAACGACCCGAUAAUCGCUGACGAGGGACUUGGAAUUAUGGAUGAUGGAGAUGGCGGCUAUGUUCCAUAA